AUGGCGGAUUCAUAUUGCAAAGCGAAAGAUGAAAAUCUAUGUUUGCUAUGCGAAUGCAAAAAUACCGUCAACUGGAAAUGCUUAAAGUGCAGAGAUUCACUGUGUAAUGACUGUAAAAAGGUUCACGAGAAGCUUUCGUCAACAAAAGAUCAUGAGGUCGUUUCUUUGGAACAGUAUGAUGGAAAAAUAGCAGUUCAAACAAUGACUUCAUACACGACAUGUAGUCUCCAUAAAAGAUCAUGCAAAUAUUUCUGUGCAGAUUGCAAUGUUGUUAUUUGCAGAAAAUGUGCUAAAGAACAUGGCGACCACAAAUAUGGAAAAUUAUCAACUCUUCGACGAGAAAUAGAGGAAAAGGUAAAUUCACUAUUGAUUGAAAUGAAAAAUCGAAAAGAUUCAUACGACACAUAUAAACAAAACAAACAUAAUAAAAAACUUACUUUAGAAAAAGAACUAAAAGAUACACGAGAAACAAUAAUAGAAUUCACCAAGCAACACUACAAAAUGUUACAACAGAACUUUAACCAAUUCUAUCAUGAAUCUGACGGACAAGUUUGCGUUAUUCAUGAAGGCAGUUAUUUUGAAAAUCUUCAUGAAAAAGAAAUUAGAUUGCAUGACAUUUUGGUAACAGAAGAUUUUACACAAAUGAUUCAGAAAUUUGAUAAAUUGAACGAAGACGUUCUGAAUACUCUAUCGGUUAUUCCAAAACUGAAAAACGUCGAGUUCAAGCCCGGCAAUAUCAUUGAUGAACUAGCUGUUCACGGUUUUGGUUGCCUUUUGUUUAAUGAUAACAUUAAUUCACUAUUUGAAUCUGAAACUUUAACGAUAAUAAAAGAAAUGGAAACAGAUUUUAAGAAAAUAGAUUUUAUACGGCCUUUAGGGACUGAUACAAUGUGGUUAGCUGACCAAAAAACAGAAGUUCUGCAACUUGUUGACUACAACCAUUUGACUUCUAAUCCUAUAAAUCAGAUAUCGAUGAUUGUGAGUGACGGUAGUGUUUUAAAUGAACAUUUAUUUGUAACUGAUAAAGGUUAUAACAAAGCAAUCCGCAUUAUUUCAAUGGACGGUACGAUAAAGACAUUUAAGGAAUUCGAAAAUGCAUUUCCAACCUGCAUCUAUGUCUGUCCAACUGGAGAAGUUUUCGUUGGAACCAUGGAAAGCUCAGAUUACUUUAGUGAGAAAGAUUGUAGGAUCCAGAAGUUGUCAAAGGAUGGGGAUGUCAAACAAGAACUUGAAUUUGACAAUCGAGGCAUAAAGCUCUUCAAAGAUCCGUAUCGUUGCUGUGUUAACGAAAUGAACAAGAAUAUUCUAGUUAUAGAUCUUACAAGUGAUAAGGCAGGACGAUUAAUUUGCAUGACUGAAAAAGGUGAUGUAAAGUUUAGAUAUUUCGGUAAUAUGUCGUUGAAUUUACCGGAACCGUUUUCUCCGAGUUCAAUGGCAUGCACGAAUGAUACAAUUCUGGUGAAUGAUUAUAAUUCCAAUAACGGGUUACAUGUUUUAAACAUAGAUGGCAAGUUCAUACAUUUUCUCUCGUACUCAUAUUUUGAAAUAGACAACCCAGUCAGUAUUGCUGUUGACCAACACGGGCAGCUGUUAGUUGGAAGUGUUUCGUAUGAAAGGAACGAAUCUACAGUAAAAUCGAAAAUUUAUCUUACAAAAAUACAGUGA